AUGCGGCUGCUCAAUGUCAAGACGCUGAAAUUCGAAGACUUCCUUGGCGAUCGCAUUCCACACUAUGUAAUCCUGAGCCACCGAUGGGGUGAAGACGAGAUCUCUUUCAAGGACUUCCGCAAGCAUCAGCAUCCUCAAAACCCUGGCUACAAGAAGGUAUUGGAGUUCUGCUCAUUCGCCAAAGCCCGAGGGCGCGAAUGGGUCUGGAUCGAUACCUGCUGCAUCGACAAGCGUAGCAGUGCCGAAGUCUCCGAAGCCGUCAACUCCAUGUUCGCAUGGUACAAGCAGUCAAGAGAAUGCUUCGCCCUACUCAGCGAUGUGCCCUCCCUUGGGCAUGACCGCGAGCGGAUCUUGGAGUACAUGCGCCAGAGUCAAUGGUUCAGCCGUGGCUGGACGUUGCAGGAGCUACUUUCGCCACCUUACGUGACUUUUAUCAGUCGGCACUGGGAGAUCAUUGGCGAUCGGCUGGCGCUGGCAGAUAUGAUUCACAACAUCACAGGCAUCCCCAAGCAGACGCUGGUUGACAAUGAUACUUUAUCGAGCCACUCGGUAGCUCAAAGGAUCAGCUGGGCCGCGAAGAGAGAGACGACUCGUCCAGAAGACAUUGCAUAUUGUUUACUAGGCCUACUCAACGUCAACAUGCCAUUAUUGUACGGCGAAGGCGCUGGGAAGGCCUUUCAAAGACUUCAGCUACAGAUCAUUGCGACCUCCAACGACGAAUCCAUACUUGCCUGGAGCGCGCACCACAGAACAGCAGUAUCAGGACCCGCAAUCAAGAAAACGACCAUCCUCGCCAAGUCGCCAGCAGCUUUUUUAGAAGCAGGGAGUGUGACGAGGAUACCACUUCUCGAUGCCAAUUACAUUCAUCGGCCUCAUCAUGCGAUGACGAACAAAGGGCUGUUGUACCAGGGCAGCGCACAGCGGAUAGUGUUCGAUCGAUCAGGGCAUCACUGGAGUUCGGAGAAGAUCACCACGGAGUACCCUCCACAUUUGAGAGAGGAUGUCGAGCUUGGUUCGGUGUAUAUCAUAUAG